UCUCGCACACUUGGUGGCUGUACGGCCGCGCUGUACAGCGAUUCUUGCAGCCGUGUUGUGUCAAGUUCUGUAUCCAAAAUGUCUGAGCUUACUGAAGAGGAUCCGCCACCGAAACAAUCGCUUAAAUUAUGCGAUCGAAUCUAUAAGAGCUUCCCCAGCGUCACGGAACGGUAUUUCAAGCCACGGUUCCAGCUUGAUGCAAAUGGAAAGAAAGGACAUGAUCAGUGUGCCUUGUUCCAUUCAAACAGAAUUGUGCUUGUCACAUUGGCUCCAUCUCACCCCAUUAUCAGAGAGAAAAAGACAGUCAUAAAAGUUGAUUAUCAAGUAAAUGAGAAAUUAAAUCGCCUCAACAAUCAAGUGUCUGGGAAGUGGAAGAAGGGUGGUCAGAAACUACAGAAGGAAUCUGCAUUAUGCAUCGUUACCUGCUCCGAUGGCGAGAUUUAUACAGUAACGAGCACAGUUCCUGGCAGUCUAAUGGAAGUUAAUGACCAUCUGACCACUUCACCUGAGCUCCUUACUGAAAAGCCAUGGUCAUCUGGCUACAUUGCCAUCGUUCUGCCUCCGCUAAAGAUGGACACAGUACUUCUGGACACUAUGAUGUCGCCCGAAGCUUUUUUGGCGGCCAGGAAGGAGUUGAUACCGAUAUGCUACAUCUCUGAUGAAGAAAUGUUUGUUCAUCAGCGAUCACCUCUUAUUAUGGAGGAUACCUAAAUGUGUAAGGCCCUGCUCUCAUUAGUGUGCUUCACUUUCUUCAACUUGUGCAUUGGUGAUAAAGCUUCCAUGUGCUACGCUUAUUUCAACAAAUAAAGUGUCGUUCCUCU